GUGACAAUUGCAGACCCACUCGUACACUCGCAGUGUGCAGGCUAACUUCCAGUGAAGCCGAGCUGCCGCCUGUAAUACCGCAGUAAAUCCGUGAUGUUUCGAGCAAUAUCCAGGAGCAGGCAGCUGGGAGGACUUCAAGUGGGCUUGCUUCGAUCGUUUGACGUUGUGUUUGAAAAGAUUCAAAUAGUUGAGACCGUUUGAUCUUCUUGACAGCAGGGGAAUCCAAGAAGCAGGCGUCGAACAAGAUUUACAUGGCGAAUAGUGGAUCAGGGACUUUCCUAUUGACUCUCCUGAGUUCCUGGUGGAAUGGCACUAGUUCCUUGGGACAGAAAAUACCUCUGUUUACCACAUGGGGCUUGAGUGUGAGACUGUUCCUGCUCAUAAGGUUGAUAAAAGAAGGUCAGUAUCGAUACUUCACUCAAGUUCAUAACAACCGUAGACGCUUCUUCCCUUACUGGACUAUUGAAGGUAUCUGGAUCUUCUUCACACUCCUCCUAGCAGUCAUUUUAAACCUUCAGAAAGAGGAUACACCUCUUUAUAUCCAAAACGUUGCAGGAUGGAUGAUCUGGGCUUUCGGCUUCAUGGUAGAGGCAAUUGCAGACCAUCAGAGGUGGAAUUUCAAAAGUCAUUCUAUAAAUGCUCAGGACAAAUUCAGUUGCCAUGGGCUCUGGGCUUACAGUCAGCAUCCAAACUACUUGGGUGAAUUGCUUCAGUGGAUUGGCCUGUUCAUCUCUGCUUCUAGUGUUAUGAAUGAAAUAGAGUACAUCGGUGUCUUCUCACUCGUAAUUAUGUGGGUCUUUCAUGCCCAAACAAGUGGAAUUCCUAUUCUGGAAAAGGAAGCCAUGAAAAAGUGGGGACAUGAUCCUGCUUACCUCGAGUAUGUCAAUAAUACACCAUCUGUCUGGCCAUUCAGAUUUUAAUGGAAAUUUCAUUAAUUUAAGACCCACAACUCACCCCACCUCUCAGUUUCUGUUGUAAAUUUGUUCUUUAAGUGACUUUUCAAAGCAAAGGGAGAACUGGAACAUACCAACUGAUCACCCCCAUGCUUUAAGAUUUUUUCUAUUAUUGCAUUGUUUUAUUCUCCUUAGGGGAGGAGCACUGUUGUGAUUGAGAUUACAGUGGAUUGGUGAGAUGCAGCAGUAUUUCUUCUGUUUGAAAACAGUUCUGGAACCAAAAGUUAAUUGAUGUUAAUCGUUUGUUGUCAUUUACUGAAAGAAAAACAUUAACUCAGCAGGGUUUUUUUGCAACAGUUGGAUACAAUUUCUCACCCACAGUGAUAACAUUUAUUCUCUCUUGCAGUUACCGUUACUUGGGG